AUGCUAAGUAAAUUAGGUGAAAAUUAUCCUUACAAAAGAGAUAGAUCUGCUCCAGGGUUAAUAAGAUAGUAAAAAAAUGAAUCAAGGAAUUAUAAUAUAAUCACUUGUAUUGAUAAACCUGCUACCUAAACUUCUAGCACUAGAUUUGCAGAUUCACUACCAUAAAUUGACAUCCCUAAAUAAAGGAAACUUGGAGAAUAUAAAGAUUAUCCAUAUCCUAGAAAUAAAAAAGAUUGCGAAAUGAAUAUAAACUUCAACAAAGGUAAUUAAAAAUAAGAAAUGGGCAAUGAGUCAGUUUAGUCUUAGUAAAAUACCAUAAGGCAAGCUAGUUAAUUAUAUCAAAGCAAAAAUUUGAUGAAUUGUAGUUCAGUAGGCUAUAAUUUUAUUACAAAUACAAUAGUCGAAAACCCUAAGACAAUUAAAGAUUUAAGAGGCGAUCACUAAACUAUAUGUAAUAGAACAAAAUAAAUUGGGUCAAUAUAUGAUAAAGGAAGGCUCUUUGCACCUAACUUCAAUCCUGAGUAUUAAAGCUUCUUCAAAACUAAUGAAGUAGCUUUUCAUCGUAAUAAAGGAAUGUGUGCAGAUACUUACAAUAGAGCUCAUACAUAUGGCCCUGGACUAAAACCCUUUAGAAAAUUUAAAUGA